AGUGUUUAGGAGCAGGAGGGUUUUCCAGUAGGUGACAGUCGCUGAGUCUACCCCCUCCUCCUCUGCAUGCACACCUGUAAACUCCUUUUGUCUGGACUGAAUAUUUAAAUUACAUCUCUGCUUUGAGAGUUCUUCUUGAAAAAAUCCCAGGAUUACAAGGUUCUAUUUCUCUGCCUGGGCUAGAUGUUCUGACACUAUGAAGGCAACUAUCAUUCUUACUCUGCUUGUAACUUUUUGCUGGGCUAAACCUUUUCACCAAAAAGGCCUUUUUGAUUUCAUGCUAGAAGAUGAUCCAUCUGGAGAUGGACCUACUGACAUAUUCCCACAAGUCGAACCUGUUGGACCUGUUGGACCAACAUGUCCAUUUCGUUGUCAGUGCCAUCUCCGAGUUGUACAAUGUUCUGAUUUAGGAUUGGAGCAAGUGCCAAAGGAUAUUCCAACUGAUACAACUUUACUUGAUCUUCAGAAUAACAAGAUCACCGAAAUCAAAGAUGGUGAUUUCAAGAACCUUAAGAAUCUUCAUGCUUUGAUUCUUGUCAAUAACAAAAUCAAAUCAGUCAGUUCUGGUGCUUUUGCUCCCUUGACAAAACUGGAAAGACUUUACCUAUCAAAAAACAACUUAAAAGAACUUCCUACCAACAUGCCCAAAACACUUCAGGAGCUGCGUGUGCAUGAAAAUUUGAUAACAAAAUUGAAAAAGUCAUCUUUUGAUGGACUAAAUAACAUGAUUGUUGUAGAACUUGGUACAAAUCCGAUCGACAGUUCAGGGAUUGAAAAAGGUGCUUUUCAAGGAAUGAAGAAACUGUCAUACAUUCGGAUUGCAGACACAAACAUCACUAGUAUUCCUAAAGGUCUACCAAGCUCUCUUACUGAGCUUCAUCUUGAUGGUAACCAAAUCAGUAAAGUUGAUUCUGAAAGUCUGAAUGGAUUAAACAAUUUAGCAAAGUUAGGACUUAGUUUAAACAACAUUGCUAGUGUUGAAAAUGGAUCCAUAGCAAAUGUACCUCAUUUAAGGGAACUUCACCUAGAUCACAACUCUCUGACACAAGUGCCUGGUGGACUCGGCGAACACAAAUAUAUUCAGGUGGUAUACCUUCAUAACAAUAAAAUUGCUGCUGUUGGAACUAAUGAUUUUUGUCCACCUGGCUAUAACACAAAGAAAGCCUCAUAUUCAGGUGUCAGUCUAUUCAGCAAUCCUGUGCAAUACUGGGAAAUACAGCCAGUUGCUUUCAGAUGCAUAUAUGAACGUUCUGCUAUACAGCUGGGAAACUACAAGUAAAUUGUAAUAUAUGUUAAUAUGUUGUAUUUCAAAUAAAGCCCUUUGUUUUGUUUGUGUGUUAAAGAUGAUAACAACUAAUAAAACAGUGAAAUACUGAAAAAUAUACCCCACCAAACCCUACAAAAAUAAAGAAAAUAAAAAAUAUAAUUAUUAAUUACUUUAAUGGAAUAUUGGUUGCAUCAAUCACAAAAAAUGGACAGGCAACAUAAAUAGUUUUUAGGUCUUAAAUUUUUUUUUCUGUUUCAUCAAUUCAGUAUUAUACAUGAUGUGUAAUAAAGAAUUCAAUUUGCAUUGGUGACUAUGAGCAGUUUAUUUUAUGAAAGAUUAUUUUUUUUCUCUUUUUUUUUCCAUCCAAAAUAGUAUAGUCUUAGUCACGACAAAAACAAAAUAAUUAUCUUAAGUGAUUGUUAUUAUAUGAGCAAAUAUGUUUCUUAAUUAUACAAUAAUUUUUUUUUUCUUUCUUGUUUUAUACCAAGAGAGCUCACUUUUCUGGACACAUAUUCUGGACCAUAUUUUGUACUUAAGAACACUAAAAAUAAAAAUGCCAUAAAUACAUAUAAAUGUAUAUUUUUUAUAAAUUGUGAUGAAUGCUUUCUCUACUGUGAGGGGGACAUCUCCAAUAUUUCUGCUAUAUCCUCUAAGUAUAUUUCUUUCAAAAUUUUUAGAAAUUAUAAUAAAAAAAAUAUCAACAUUUUAGAAAUUAUAAUAAUAAAUAAAGUUUUCUCACUGGAGAGGAAGUUUUGGUUUGUUCGGUACCAUGAUCAUGUUGAGUACAAUGGGAAAUUUCAAUAAACAUCAUACAGUAUGUAGUUAUGUGGAACUAUAAAUAUUUUUUUACUUAUAUUUCAUCCGCAUUCACUUAUAUUUCAUCUAUAUUUACUUUAACGUGACUAUAUGAGUCACAAUGAUGUCAACUACCAUGCAUGCUUUAUUUAAAUAAUGGAAUAUUUUUCACAUUUUUAUAUGAUAUUUUUUAACAUAUCAUUAUUCAAAGCUUGGAGAUUUUUCUCUAUUCUUCUAAAGAACCUUAAAUUGUGUUCAGAUUCAUAGCUCCGUAAACACCAUAACAUCUUUAUUUUUAACUCCAUAAUAUUGUUACAUCUAACCAUUGAUCUAUUUUCAUAGAAAAAACAACAACUCUUUAACAUAAAAUGUAUUUGUUCUACCAGUCUCUUAAUGUUUUAUGUUUAUUUAGUUUUUGAAAUAUUCACUAUAAGUUUUAUAAUUUUAGAUGUAUUUUUGUGUCGGUACCGAAUAUGUAAUAGUUUUUCUUACUCUAUUUACGAGUGUUCCAGUAGAAAGUUUGUUUGGCUUGUCUGUUAAAGAUACAACACAAAUCUAUGAAGUAACUGAAAAACAAAUUGUUUGCUUUCAACUGUUAUAUAAAUAAAAAAAAAUAUUGUGUAAAACAA